AAAACUUGGUAAAUGUUGACUUGGGCGAGCAAGUAAAAUGACGCCAUUCAACCAUCUUUUUGUUACAAGAUAGAAGAUAGAAACUUGGGACAUUGGGAUAUGAAACGAUAACAUCAUAUAGAAGUCGGCAUUGAUAAGAAAUCAGCACACAGUGUUCAGACUAUUCAGAAUGAACACGUAAUUGAGCUGAAGAGGAACGCGCGACUCUUGUGAUCUGAGCAGGCCCAGUUAAUAUAUAAGAGACUACGGCUGCGUACGCACCUGCGUGAAGAGAGGGCCAUUUCAACAACAAUUUCAUGUCUCAGGUGCCUGCUGAACAAUAACAAGAUGCACUAAGUUGUCUAGGAACUAUUAACACUUCAAGGGAAACUUCAACUUCAACACCAGGACUGCAGCCAUGUUUAGCCAGCAAAUACGACGCAGGCUCUCGCAGUCUUCAAAAGAAAUUAGCAGUAUGAUCAGGGUGAACCAUGCCGGAGAACUGGGCGCUGACAGAAUAUACGCUGGCCAAAUGGCUGUAUUAGGAAGUACACCGGUGGGACCGAAGAUUCAAGAAAUGUGGGACCAGGAGAAAGCACACAAGGCCAAAUUCGAGGAGUUGAUAUCCAAGUAUAGAGUGCGACCCACUGUCAUGGUUCCGCUAUGGAAUGUUGCCGGAUUUGUGUUGGGUGCAGGAACAGCUCUGCUGGGCUCUAAAGCAGCUAUGGCUUGCACAGUGGCUGUGGAAAGUGUGAUUGUAGAGCAUUAUAACGACCAGCUCAGGGUUUUGAUGGACGAUCCAGAGAAAAACAAAGAACUAUUGCAGGUGAUACAGAAAUUCCGGGAUGAUGAGCAAGAACAUCACGACACUGGACUAGACCAUGGGGCGGAGCAAGCCCCUUUCUACAAAGCUUUAACCGAAGUCAUUAAAAUAGGCUGCAAAGCAGCUAUCACUGUUUCAAAACAGAUCUAAACUAAUAAUAUUAAUCUAGAUUGACAGAUCUAUAUUUGUAAUAUUAAUUUAGAUUCACUAAUAGAGUACCUGUUGUUUGUGCAGAUUAGUAAAGUUAUUGA